AUCCAGACUCGAGAGCGCGAGCGAGACUUUUCCUUCCACCCGCCUGCACGAGAUCCCGACGAGAAGCCGGCGGCGCAACCGAAGUCCCUGAUGGCUCGCACAUCCUCGCAAUCCCAGUCCUCCGUCGGCGGCGGCGGCGGCGCCGGAUCCCGCCCGGCCACCGCCGGGCCCCGCGGCACGCCCGCCGCCACGGCCGGCAUGCGCCGCCGACCCGGCCGCACCUCCUCCUCCGCGUCCGGAGGCGGAAGCUUCUCCGGCGCCGGAGGGAACAACAUGCUCCGCUUCUACACCGACGAGGCCCCGGGGCUGCGCCUCUCCCCCACCAUGGUGCUCGUCAUGUCCGUCUGCUUCAUCGGCUUCGUCACCGCCCUCCACGUCUUCGGCAAGCUCUACCGCUCCCGCACCGCCGCCUCCGCCUCCGCCUGAUCGACCCGGCGGUGCCCUUCUUCCUCAGAUCAGGUCUUAUCAGAUCAGAUGGUUUUGCUUGUGUGACAAACAGGAUGUGGCUGAUAUGCCUCUGAGUUAGAUCUACCAAACAACUUUACAUGUUUAAUUAUGGGUGCCCUUUUCUUUCCGUUUACAUUAUUGUGCUAAACAGUGGCUAAUCGAGUAAUUGAAAUUGUCAGAA